UAGUGAGAACAAUUGUUUCGUCGUUAGUUCAAGCAUUUUUAGAAAGAAAAUAUAUAUACGUAUACAUGAUCGAACAGGUGGUGCAUCAUUUGACAUUUUAAAUCGGUAACGGUGAAUGCGAUAUAUCCUUCAAACUUCUGUCCCUUUUACGUGAUUAUUUGGGACAGUUUUAUCAACCGCGAUUCACCUUAUCGAGUCUCAGUCACUUUUUCGCACAACGAAUUGUAGAAAUGACGCAUCAACAUCGAGUUCAUUUAAUUUAGCAGCAGUGUUUGUGACCUUACGGAUAUCGUCUCGAAGGAACGUUAUUCCGGAUAGAACAAUGGAAGAGGUGUCCACCGAAAAUGCUAAGGUGUCGGAUUCCGGAUAUUCCAAUACUUGCAGCAAUAGUCAGUCGCAACGCAGCAGUGGGAGCUCGAUUUCGAGAAACAGCAACCGCUCCGAGAGUAGCGGUUAUUGCGGUAGGCGUCCCUCGACAUUUGGAUCCAGCAAUGAAGCCCUACCGCAGCCAAUCAGCAAAAGAAAGGAUAAAGAGCACAAGAAGAAGAAGUCGAAGACGAUAUUGGCUGUUAACGUCGAGGCGGAUAUCGCCUUGAAAAACGCCGGCACGCAGCCGGAGCCACUGUCCUAUAAUGUUGUCGCCCCGUCGAAACCUAUUCUCGAAAAGAAACCAGAAGAAGUAACCACUGUAGAAUUGGUGGACGCAACGGAUCCUGGCGAGCACAACAGCGAUACUAUCACCGAUCCGGAAGCGGGACUUGCUUCUCGCACGAAUCCCCUGGAUGAUUCCAUCUCUCAAGCCAACGAGGGAUUUUGCGCGGUGAUUUCGAUGCAUGACGGCCUUGUGUUGUACACAACUCCCUCGAUAUGUACAGCUCUAGCAUAUCCGAAGGACGCGUGGAUCGGUCGGUCGUUCAUCGAUUACGUGCAUCCCAGGGACAAGACGACUCUGGCCGAUCAGAUCACCAGUGGUAUUAUUUCGCCCCAGGAAGAUAGUCCGAAAGGUAUUAACGGCAGAAGAGCAAGCUUAUUUUGCGGAUUGAGAAAAUAUACAAAGUCCGCCGUUCACCAAUCGAUCGGUUACCGUAAGGAGGCAAGAUCGAAUUUGUACCUUCCGUUCCACCUGACGUUGUCGUUCCGAGAUUUUCGGGACCGUGCGACUGAGCAACAACACAAAGCAAUGUUCCUGGUGGUUACAGCCCAACCCGUUCAUUCUGCAUAUAAAGCGCCAGAAGAAACGAUAAUAUCUUCGAUAUUCACGACCCGCCACACCGCGACGUGCCACCUAUCCCAUGUUGAUCCCGACGUAGUCCAUUACUUUGGAUAUCUACCUCAGGAUAUGGUUGGCCGUUCGCUGUUUGACUUCUACCAUCCCGAGGAUCUGCCCUUCAUCAAAGACAUCUAUGAGACUGUGAUCAGGCUCGAAGGUGCGUCCUUCAGAUCGAAACCCUACAGGUUCGAAGUGCAGAACGGCGGCUACGUAGUCCUCGAAACCGAGUGGUCGUCUUUUAUCAAUCCCUGGACAAAAAAACUAGAGUUUGUCGUAGGUCAACACAGAGUACUGAAAGGCCCGACGAAUCCGGAUGUGUUUCGCGACCCUAAUUUGAACGAGCACGGCCAGGUGGUCAACAUCAGUGAGGAGGUGCUCAAGGAGGCGAAAAUCAUACAGGGAGAGAUACGUACACUUUUGGAUGAGAACAUCCAAAGAAAGUCAGAUAUAACCGAGCUCGACGUGUCAAAGAGGUGCAAGGACCUACCGUCCUUCAUGGAAAAUCUGCUCCAGGAGACGAGGGCGACUGGUCUCGCGAAAGAUGUGCUAGCUGCCGACGACAGGAGUUUUUCGGAGCACGACAGCGUGAUGCUCGGUGAGAUAUCGCCCCAUCACGAGUACGACGACAGUAAAUCGUCCACUGAGACACCGCCGAGCUACAAUCAGCUGAACUACAACGAGAAUAUCGAGCGGUUCUUUAAGAGCAAACCGCUGGCCGCCACCAUAUACGGCAGCGACGAGGAGAACAUUAAUUCGAGCAACGACGAGGGAGAGAAGACCAGUCCGAAUUCGGCAGCAAGGAAAUGCAUGUCGCCAAUAAACGGAAGCGGUGCAAGCGGCAGCGGUAGCGCGGAGAAUCUCAGCAGCGGUUCAACAAACAACCAAACCAGUUCAGCGAGCCGAGACAACACCUCCAAUACAACCAGCAACACUACCACCACGGAGAGCUUCAAACCUCCCACCCUGACCGAAUCUCUAUUGAAUCGUCACAACGAGGACAUGGAGAAGUUAAUGAUGCAGAAACACCGAGAACUCCGUUCGAGUAUUAAGAACAGCGACAAACUGAAGGAUUCACGGAUAAAAAUAACCACCGAGAAGAUGAAUACAGACCUGAACGUUCAUUCCGCCAGUCAGGGUCACGGAGUGAAGAGAACCGGUAGCCACAGUUGGGAGGGAGACAGUUUCAAAGUUUCGAAGCAUGAAGAGAUGUCGAGGACAAGCAACGCGGGUCAGUUUCCUACAAACGUUACCACGACAUUCACAAGCAUGAGCGUCGAUCAAUCAACUGUUAUUCAAACAGGUGGUAAUAUAAACCUGUGGCAGCCGCUCUCGGUUACCGUGCCGCCCCCACCGCCUGCUCAACAAUGCAAUGUGCCAGAAAACGCCAGUUCACAAGCAAUACCCAGAUUACCAGUACUGCCGCCGAUGAUACCAGUGUACUACGUGCCGGUUCCGCACACUACCGAGCCCGCGGUAUUAUCGCCCAUACAGGAGAAGCUUAGCCAACCUCAAUCAAUCCAACAUCCACCGAUCAAUCCUUACGUAUCCAUGUUCGUGCCAGUGUCGUACGUCACCACAGCAAUGGCCGGACUGAUCUAUCCUCCAGUGAUCGGUGCUCCACCAUCGGGCAUGAUGUACAGGCCUUUCGUGAGCCCAGAACAGACGCCAGCUCCCCGAGACACUAAUCUAUCCAACGUCGACAAAUGUUUAGAUAGAAAACGACCGGCCAGCCAAGCGACGAGCGUUAAAGCAGAGCCUGGCAGCAUCAUGGCGAUGUCCGAAUCCUCGAAAAAAGUACUAUCACCCGGGGAACUGUUCUCGUCUUGUGUGAGCAACGACGGAGGUUGCUCGAGCUUAGUGGACGCAUCGACGCCGGUGAAUCCGAAAGUCCACAAACAUAAUGAUUACAGCGUCGACGAAUCGAGUUCGUCGAGCUUUUACAGUAGUUUCUUGUACAAGAGCAGCGAGAGCAGCUGCAACCCGGACCAGAAACCAACGGAGUAUUUGCCUGAGAACAACGCGAAGCAACAACAGGACAAGCGAAGAAAAGAGCCCCCGUGGCUCGAAGGUGUCCAAUUGACCCCAGAAUUGAUAUACGAGUAUCAGGUACACCCGAAAACACUGCAAGAAGUACUUGAAGCUGAUAUGGAUGCCUUAAAAACUUUGAAUCAGCCCCUGUUGGUGAACGAUCAGCUGGGCCAACUCUAUCUGGACCUGGAGGUCGAAGGUUUCGAGACCAAGCUCGUCCUCGAAGACGGAAUGACAUCCAGCGGGAGCGACAGCGGGAGCAGUAACGGAAGCUGGACAGCGGGGACGAUGUCUCAGCAAAUGCAUGGGAGGAGAAUGGUGAAGUACGGUAAAUUCGUGAUGAUACACGAAGAGAACGCCCCGUUGCCACCUGCGCUGCCAUCGAAACCGUACCUUGCCAGCCAUUAUAGGAACGAUGUUGUGACGACCAAUUCGUGA